AUGCAGGAAGAUGAGACCGAAGGUUCCAAGUUGCGGCCCAGUUCCAGCAACCAGUGGGAGUCAGCCCCACCUGCACUGGAGCUGGAGAGUGAAGAGAGAACCUCGUCCCCUUUCCCAGAACUGGAACAGCCCUGCCCACCCCCACGUAAAACCUCGCGUCAAUACUUGAAGAAAAUCAUUGCUGAAUAUGAGGCUCUAGACAUGGAAAUGCCUUGUAUCCAGAAGUUCCCCAGGCCACCAGCUGCCCGGCCCCUUUGCCUAUGUAUGGAGAUCCCGCCUGAAAAGGAGAUGAACCACGCAGAGGUCCUCGUGGCUGUCGAGGCGGCCAUUCCUAAUGCCUUUGAGGAGGGCCUCUUGUGCAGCAUCCAGUUUGAGAACACCAAUGUGAUCUGUGGAACAGCGGGACGGAAGAACAGGUGGCUGCUCACGGUGUCAGAUUUCCGGACCCGGAACCAGCUCCUGCACACAGGCUUGAUGGUGGGCCAGGAUCACUUCCCACUGAGGCGCUGGGACGAUCUGGUGAUGGAGGACUAUCGUAUGCACCUCCGGAGGGUGCUGGCCCGUCAGCGCCUGCUGCACAACCUCAGUGACUCCUGGGAUGCAACCCAAUUGAAUGGACUGGUCAAGAUGUUAGAUGAGGCAGACCUGUUUUGUGCAAGCAACACGAGUCAGGAGGUCAAGCCCGUUCCCAACGAGAUCCAUAUUUGA